AUGGAUACACUCCUGACAUGGUGCAUCUCGACAGGACCUGAAUGCUUUUGUGUCACUCCAAGCCUUGGUGGUCAGUUUGGGGAACUGGCCAGGUUGGGUUCACACCGUGCUAGUCAGCUUCUCUUACUCUAAGAACAGGAUUCAGGGAACCACAGUAUCAUGGCUGAAUCGCUAAGUGAAGUCUCUAGCAGUCUGGAAAUUCUGGAGACCAGUGAUGAGGGAAAGAAAAAAUCCAAAUUUAAAAGUUUAAAGAGCUUUUUUGGCAAGAAGAAGAAAAGGGACAGUGAAGAUUCUGAGGGAGAGAGAAUGUUGAAGCCAAGUCGUUCCAGUAGUACCAUUGACACCUCUUCUCUGGAACCAGUUCCAGAAGAUCAGCAAAUUGAGACCAGACCCAGAAGCAGCAUGGGGAACAAAGCUCUAUCCCAUGAUAGCAUCUUCAUGUUGGACUCUGAUUCUGACAGAUCAACAAGUACAGUGAAUCCCAUUAUGGAGCCCCCGAGAGGCAGACCUCUGCAGAGAUCUCAUGCUUCCAGAACCCUGCCUAGAACUGGGAUUAUUACUGUACGUACAGCUGCAUCUGAGGCCAUGUUUGUGGGUGUACCUCAACGUGUGCCAAGAAGUGAAAUCCGGACUGAGGAUUCCAAGAUCACUGAGAACAUCUCUAAACCAUCACCUGGACCUGAUCAGUCCCAGUCCUUGACUGCAUUGGGAACCACUGCACCCAGCAGCACCCAGCCGGCCACGACUUUCAUCUCCUCAGCCACCCAGCAGGUCUGUUUGGAUUCUUCAGCUGCUCGACAUAAGAUAGCUUUAAAUCCUCGGAAGCAAAAGAAGAAAAAACACUCUCACACGACUGCGAAACUGAAGCGGGGGAAGCCAACCUCUCCAUUGGUUUCUGAAGAAAAGAUUACAGUCAAACCAAAAGAAGGUAACCAAAAGGAGAUGAAAAAAGACGGUGCAGGUCCUGUUAGCCAAGAACAGAACAAAAAACCUGAGAUUUCUGAUAAGAAGCCAACAGAGCAGGCUGCAAAAACAGAUGUUACUGGAAGUCUUGGCCAUCAAAUGUCAGCAGGACAUGGAAGAAGACGGAAAAGACGAGUAUUAAAUGCUUCAGGAAAGAGUGAGGGUGGACCCAAAGGAAGAAGCCUUAAACAAUCCAGUCAAGAGUACAGCCAGGGCAGUAAAGCUGGGUCCUCACCUACCAGUAAGCCUGCCAGAAAAGUCCAGCACCAAUCCAUGGAGAAGCAAGUCAAGGAGAAGCUUACAAUUCCACAAGCAGAAACCACUACUCCUCAGGAGUUGCUUUCAGAGAAAGAUGAUAGGAGGAAGAGAAAUGCUGGCAUAGAUUUAGAAGCCAAAAGAUCAUCAGCACAGCCACCCAUACCUGAACAAGUGGAAGAACACAUGAUUCAUGGUCCACAGGCAUAUCAUGAAGAUGGGGCUUCUGGAGCCAUGAAGACAAAAGCCAGAGCUGCUCUUUUGCCAGGGGCAAAAAUCCUUUCUGUAGCCCCCAAAGAGGCCAGUCACUCAGUGGCAGCAGAAGCUAAAGUGUCAGGAGAGAAAGAAGCUUUCAGAGUUGAGUCACAAAAUGCCCAAUCCAAGAUGGAGGCAGCCCAACAUGCCCCAACUAUCCACAAGCAAAAGCUUCCUAGAAAUGUUCAGGCUUUUGCAUCCUGCGCUUUGGAUAUGACAAAUAUUCCCAUCGAGGGAGGCAUUUCUGCCAAGAGGCUACCUCCCAAAAGGCUACCUCCCAAGCCCUUGAGGAAGCCUAAAGUUGAAGAAGUCCUCUCAGAUUCAGAGAGUGUUUCAGAGGAGGAGAGCAGCUGUGAGGAGCAUCAGGCUCCUGGAUGCUCUUUGCAGUCCUUGAGUAAGGCUGAAGAUAACCAAGAUGUCAUCCCACAAUCAGAAAGUUUAGCUGUGGGAUCGAGCUGUUCAGAGCAGCCAGUGUCUGCUGGAUACUCUUCCCUGUCUUCGAGGAAGUCCGAUGAUAAAGAAGAUUCCUCAGAUUCAGAGAGUAUUUGUGAUGAUGAAAGUAGUCCUGAGGAACUGACUCGCAGUAACUCUACCGAGUCCUCAGGAAACUUUGAAGAUGAACUAAACAUCUCAGAAUCAAAAAGUGUGGACUUUAGCAGCUCUGAGGAGAAGCUAGUCCCCAGAUGCUCUUCGAAGUCUUUGGAGGAAGAAGAAGUAGUAGAAGUCUCCACAGAAUCAAAUGAUUAUGUUGAAAAGUAUGACAGUGCUGAGGAUUGGAGCAGCUCAGAGGAAGAUCUGCCUCAUGGAAACCCUAUCCAGGCCUUGAGGAAGCCCAAACCUCAACGAGAAGUCUUUUCAGUUGCCACGGGCAAUCCUACAGAGGGGAGUGCUUCUGUGCAGCAACGGUCUCCUAGACGCUCUUCUCAGCCCAUUGUGGGGAAUCCUGUUAAGCAACAAGUCCCCACCAGCCCAGUAAGCACUUCUACAGAAAGGGGCAUGUCUAUGGUGCCUAAGCCCCCCAGACAUCCUUUCCACUUACGGGGGAACCCUAAAGUGGAGAAAAAAGUUUCCUCCUUUCCAGAGAGCCCAGCUGCUGAGAUAAGCGUUUCUCUGAAGCCUGUGCCUCCUAAACAUUCCCAGCUCCCGACGAGUCCUAAACAAAACGUGUUCUUAGGUACUGAAAGUGUUGCUGAGAGAGUCAUUUCCCUGGAGGCUCUGCUCCCCACAUAUUCUCCCCAGACCAUGAUGAAUCCUCACGUCCAGAAAGUCUUCUCAGAAAGCACUGCUGUUAAGGAAGGCGGUUCUGUGGAGCUGCGGCCACCCGGAUGCCCUUCCCAGGCUGUGGUGCGGCCUAAAUUCCAGCCACCGAUGACUACCCUAAAGUCAGCCAGCACUUCUGCAGCAGGAUGGAGUGAUCCUGCGGAGCCAUUGCCUCCCAGACAUGCCUUCCAACCACGGGUGAACCCUGAAUUUGAGCAACAAGUCUCUGCAAAUCCAGGGCAGGGCAUUUCUAGAGGGGAGCCGCUGCCCCCCAGAAUGCCUGCUCAGGCCCUGGCGAGGUCUGCAGCGAAGCAACCAGUCUCCGCAGGUUCAGGGAGUGCUUCUGCAGAAUGGAGUGGGUCUGUGGAGCCCGUGCCUUCCAGACGCCCUAUCCAGUCAUGGAUAAACCCAAAAUUCAAGCAGCAAUUCCCCGAGAGCUCUGGGGCUGAAGGGAACAUUUCUUUGGAACCGAAACCUCGCAGACAUCAGUCUCAGACCCGGAUGAGAUCAAGAUUGGAGCAAGAAGUCUCUUCAGGCUCAGUGAGCACUUCUGUGGAAUGGGGCACCAGUCCUGUGGAGCCAACACCUCCCAGACACUCUUUCCCGCCUUGGGUGAACCCUAAAUUCAAGCAACACAUCUCUGCAAGUCCAGAGUGCACUGCAACUGAAGGGAACAUUUCUGCGGAGCUGCCGCCUUCCAGGAAGUCUUCUCAGACCCCAGUAGUACCAGCAGCCAAGCAGCCCAUCCCUGCUGAGAGUGUUGCCUUCAGCAAGGAGCUGCCGCCUUCCAGGAAGUUUUCUCAGACCCCAGUAGCACCAGCAGCCAAGCAGCCCAUCCCUGCUGAGAGUGUUGCCUUCUCUGCAGAGGAAGACUUCUCUACAGAGUUUCCCAGGCACCUUUCUGUGAAACAGAAAGUCCAGCAAAUGUCUGCAAGUUUUGAUAGUGCUAUGGAGGGGGCCACUGCUGGGAUGGCCCCGCAUCCCGAACAUCCUUCCCAGUUCUUACUGAAGUCUAGAGUUCAAGAAAUGUCCUCACGUCUGGAAAACGCUGCUGUUGAAGAAGGCACUUCUAAGAAAUCACAGAGUCCAAAACGUGCUUCCCAGUCAUUCGUGAAGUUUAUGGCAGAGCAAAUCUUCUCAGAGGGCCCUGCUGCUGAGGGGGGCAUCUACGCAGAUCCUGUGCCUCACACCCGUCCCUCGAAACCUAAAGUUGAGAGUCAUGUUUUCCCAGAUGUGGUGAGUUCUGACCCUGGAGGCGGCAUUUCUAUGAAGAUGCAGCCUGUGAAGCACCCUUUACAGUCCUUGGGGAGGCCUGAAGACCAGAAAGAAGUUUUCCCAUUUUCUGAGAGUGCUCCUUUGAAGAGCAGCGCUUUUAAAAAGCAGCCCAAACCGUUUUCCCAGGACUCCUGGAAGCUUGAGUACCAGCAAGAAGUCGCCUCCGGUUUUGACACCUCUUCCGAAGAGAGGAAGAAAUAUGAAGAGCAGCUGCCUUCCAAAUUGCCUUCCCAAGCCUCGGAUGGGUCCAAAAUACAGCCACAGAUUUUCUCAGGGGGCUCAGUGAAUGUGCCCAUACAGCGGAGCAGUGCUGCGGAGCGCGGGCCUACCACUCACCCUUACCAGGGUUAUGGAGACCCUAACUACCAGCAACAGGGUUACUCCAUUUCUGCAGUGGCUUCUGCUAAAGUAACCAUUUCUGAGAGCCGUUCUGGCAGCUGGUCCCCACCAAGAGCCUGGGGUUCUCCAAGCAAAAUCAAAAUGAAGAAACAGAGCCAAAGUUCUGAAGACCUCUUUACAACCAUCUUAAACCCUGUGAGCAAACCUGGGAAGUCGACCACUGAUGCUGCCCAGCAGCCAUCCGCUUCUGGGGGCAUUUACCCCAAGGGAGUUCUUGAGAGUGAAGAUAGAGAUGAGGAUGAAGAUUCAGGUUCACCCACUAAAGCUGAUGUUAAAAAUCUGUUUGGCGUUCAGCUGAGAAGAACCAUUUCUUCACAGAAGUUAAAGUAUGAGAAACAAGAUACCCAGCCUGUUCCAUUCCCCUUUGGCAGAAAGCCACCCACCACAGGUAGGGAAUUUCGACUGAGACGGAGCACUUCCCAGGGGGUCCUGGACACUGCAGGGGACUUCGACAUGCUAUACCACUAUGAAGAUAUGAAACCGAGCAGGCCCAAAUCUGAAAACUUGUCCAUGAUGAAACCUGCUUAUAAGACCUCAGGAAAGCCUCUUGGUCCAUGGUCGGAUGAAACCAUCUCAGAGAUAACUUGGUUGACCAUGACAAAGCAGAAGCCAAAGAGUUUGCAGGUCUACGUUCCUAUAAAACAGCUAAAAGCCAAGAUCAAAGCUGGAAUGAAGGUUGAGACUAAAUAUGGGGAAACUGGAAUGAAACCUGCACAUGAAACCCCACCAAAACUGAAAGUUACUUCUGAUGUCCCUAGACAGGGGAAGCCAGCACAGAUGAAGCCACCUAAGGUUACCAAAUCAGUUGCAUUUGAAGAUAUGAAGAUAGCACAGGCAUCCAUCAUGGAAAGAGAAAUCAAAAAACCUCCAGUUCUCCCAACUGAGUUGCCACAGCUGCCGCCUAAGCCAGACAAGUCUGCCCAGUCAGCUGAACCUGUUUGGUUCUCCAUGGCCAAGAAGAAAGCCAAAGCGUGGAGCCACAUAUCAGAUAUCAUGAAUUAA